GAGGCGCCGGCGGGGGCCGCGGCGCGGCGGGGUCGCGGCGGCGCGUCCAGCCCGGGCCCGGCGCGAUGGCCUCGCCCAGCAUCGUGGAGUAUUUCGAGGGCGAGGACGCCUACCGCUGCGGCUACUGCAAGAACGAGUCGGGCAGUCGCUCCCACGGGAUGUGGGCACAUUCCCUGACCGUUCAGGAUUAUCAGGAUCUGAUCGACCGAGGAUGGAGAAGAAGCGGGAACUAUGUGUACAAGCCUGUCAUGAAUCUAACCUGUUGCCCCCAGUACACAAUAAGGUGCCGACCUUUGCAGUUUCACCCAUCAAAAUCCCACAAGAAGGUUUUGAAAAAAAUGUUAAGAUUUCUGACUAAAGGGGACGUUUGCAAAGGAAGUUGUGAGGAUGAGCCCAUGGAGCCGGCGGGGGACGACGCCGUGGCCGGCGACUUUGCCUUGAUAAAUAAACUCGACAUCCAGUGUGACCUGAAGACCCUCGGUGACGACGUCAGGAGGAGCGUGGAGAGCGAGGCGCAGCGGGAGGGGAAGGGCGCCCGGCGCGAGGAAGCUCGGGAGCUGCUCCAGCCGGGAGAGGCGGGAGAGAAGCUGGCCUCCGGCGAGCCGUCGCACCUGCUCAAGGUGCCCGCCGCGCCCAAGCCAGGCAAAGGGGCGGAUUUGAGUAAGCCCCCGUGUCGAAAAGCAAAGGAAAUCCGGAAGGAAAGGAAAAGGUUAAAACUCAUGCAGCAGAACCCGGCCGGGGGGCCCGACCCGCCGGCUCCGUUUCCGCCAAAGACUAAAUCCAACCAGCCCAAAUCACUGGAAGAUUUUAUUUUUGAACCUUUACCUGCAGACGCAGCACACAAACUAGAGGUGAGGCUGGUAAGAUCAUCUCCACCAAGUUCUCAGUUCAAAGCCACAUUUCAGGAGUCUUUCCAGGUGUAUAGACGCUACCAGAUGACUGUUCACAACGACCCUCCCGAUAAGCCCACCGUCAGCCAGUUCACCAGGUUUCUCUGCAGUUCACCGCUGGAGGCCGAGAAGCCCCCGUUCGGGCCCGAGUGCGGCUUCGGCUCCUUUCACCAGCAGUACUGGCUGGACGGCAAGAUCAUCGCGGUGGGCGUCGUGGACAUCCUGCCCCGCUGCGUCUCCUCCGUGUACCUGUACUACGACCCCGACUACUCCUUCCUGUCCCUGGGGAUCUACUCUGCACUACGAGAAAUUGCUUUUACUAGGCAACUUCAUGAGACAAGUUCGUGUCAGCUCAACUAUUAUUACAUGGGUUUCUACAUUCAUUCAUGUCCCAAGAUGAGAUAUAAGAGCCAGUACCGCCCUUCGGAUCUGCUGUGUCCGGAGACCUACGUCUGGGUGCCCAUCGAGCAGUGCCUCCCUUCGCUCGACAAGUCCAAGUACUGUCGCUUCAACCAGGACCCGGCUGCAGUGGACGAGGGCCGCAGCCAGGAGCCCGCGCGGCUGCAGGUGCUGCACCGGAAGGCCGUCCUGCCCUACGGCGAGUACCGCGCGCAGCAGCCGCAGGCGGCCGACGAGGAGGCGGCCGUGCUGCAGUACGCGGAGCUGGUGGGGCAGCAGUGCUCGGAGCGGAUGCUGCUCUUCCGGAACUGACCGCUCAGCGCCCUCGCACCCGGCCGGACCCGCUGGACCCAGCCUCGCCCCCGGGCCUCCCCGUUCCGGACGUUGGUUUUCCCGGGAAACGUCUCGGGCUCCGACUCGCGUCGGCGGACACAGUGACCUCCGCAGGCCACUCUCGGGGGCUUGAGCCAUGCUUGUCUCUGGCGUCCGGGUAGAGGCGUGGGCACGGGGACGCCAGCUCAUGCUUUCGGAGAGAAGACGGGCCCCCGGGUAUGGGGACAGAGGUGGGGCGUCUGGCCUCGCCGCGGUGGCCCCCAACCCUGGGACUCAGGCCCCUCGUCUCGGGUUGCUGAGGAAGAAGUCACGGCGCCUUUAGAGCUGCGCUGCUCGCCGCCCUCAGCCCUCCUCUGCCGCCCCGGCCCAGGGCGGCUGGAGCCAGCGCCCUCCCCCUUCAGUUUGGAGUUGGGAGAGGCCGGACUCCUGGUGUCGGUGGAGGCUGGAGCCCCUUCCCCCCCACCCCUCCCUCCGGCCCUCCUGCCCCGCUGCCUGCCCUCCCCUCCCCCUUUCUCCCUCCCCGCCCUCUCUCCUCUCCACCUUUCCCCCUUUCUUCUCCAUUGCCCGCUGAGCCCCUGCCACCCCGUCACGGUGACGGGCGCCCCUCGGGCGGGAGGAGGGCCACGGGCCUGGCGCGUGUGGACGCAGUGGAGCACUCAGGUCUGCGAUUCCCGACCCCUCCCCCCACCCCCCUGCUCCCUUUCGUUUUACCCGUUUCUCUGUUAUCUGUUGAUGGAUCAUUUCUCAAAGCCAUAUUAAAGCAUUUACUGUUUGAAUCCAGUACCGCUGUUCCCUGUUCCGACCCGCGCCGGCUGCCGCCGAAGCCGCAGAGAAUCCUUGUAGCCGGUGGGAUGACAGGAGUGGCCGGAAAGCAGGGUGGCGGGGAAAUAACACGUCUCGAAAUGCAAAAUCCAAACCCACUGCUUACUCACUUGGUGUGUGCGCACGCGAGUGCAUGUGUGUGCAGAAGUAUGGUAGUGCGCGCCUGUGUGCCAGUGCCCAUGUGUGUGCGUGAGUGUGUACUUUGAGGGGAGUUGUGUGUAUAUGUGUGUGCAUGCGAAUAUACUUCAAGGGGGCUGUGCACGUGUGUGUGUGUGUGCACUGAAUGUACUUUGAGGGGGUUGCGUGCGUGUGUGUUGCAUGCAAGUGUACUUUGAGGGGGGUUGUGUGCAUCCAUGUGUGUGUACGCGAGUGUCCUUUGAGGAGGUUUGCAUAUGUGUGUGUGUGUGUGUGUGUGUGUGUGUGUGUGUGUGUGCGUGCCAAGUGUAGUUCGAGGGGGGCUGUGUGUGUGUGCGUGUGUGUGCGCGCAUGUACGCGUGUACUUUGAGGGGGUUUGUGUGGAGCGUGCAUCCGUGGUACGGCCACUCUGUUCCCUGGGGAUAGAGGAGUGGGUAAAGCCAUUUUCUGUGUCGAUUCUCGGACGGGAGAUCUCUGCAGAGACGAUGGUUCUGUUGAACCCUGGCUGAGGAACUGCUGGUGCGGCUGCCCCCACGUCGGGGCUCGGGGUCCGUGGUGAGCCUUGAGCGGGGGAGCGGGAGCAGGGGGAGGGGAGGCUCUCAGGAGCAGGAAGGUGUGCACAGGACUUUCGGAGACCACUCCCCUGUGUUGGACGUCGUGGCCCCAGGUGAACUCACGUCCGCUUCCCUCUCUGGGCGCAGACAGCUAAGGGACCCCGGGGCACCGCCUUUUAGUUAUUUCAGCUCAAUGAGAUUUUCCAUCAUUUUAUUUUUUUAAUGUAAUCUGAGCACUUUUUAUAUUCUAAAAGAUAAAACCUAUUGUCAGGCGACUAUAUUAUUCAAUUGAUUUAAAUUAUUUAGAUCAGAAGUUAUUACUGUGUAUGUUUACUUUCACGCAGCUUAUAUUUUUCAUCUGUUUUUGCAAAAUGUCAGUUGUGUGUGCUUCCUUAUGUACCGGAAUCUGUUACGGAAUGAAUAUUUUUAGGCUUCUGAACAAUACCUAGUUUGCUUUUAUAAACUCUGACUUCUGUAUGAAGAAAUACGAGAAAUAUUGUGAUAACCAUUUAUCGAAAAUGUCUCUGUUGUGGUUUAAGAAAAGAAGGAAGUAAAAACAAUUGGGGAAAGUUUGAACUAGACGUUAUUCAGGUAUAUUUUUCCAAAGAAAACCAGUAACUUAAGGCAAAAUGUUCGAUUGCACGUGAUUCUUUUUGCUCUUGUACAUGCUUUUGGAACCAACUAUUUGAUAAUUCUUGAAUGUGAAAAAAAGUAAUAAUAAAAUAAUAAAGCUGUUCCUAUCUGCA